AUGGCCGCCACGGUGCCUCUGGGUGAUGGGACACUCAUCGAAAUAAACACCAAUCACCAAGAUUCCCGAGCCAAGAGAGCCUCGCCUCCUGCCCCCAUCGAUGCUCAUGGCGUACCCCAGCUCCACACCGAGGGAGAAAAGGACCAAAAGCACAGAGAUGCUCGCCGCAAGAGAGCCGAGCCGCCAGCGCCCAUUGACGCCCACGGAGUGCCCCAGCUGCACAAGGGACAGGAGUAA